CUGGUCCGGCGGUAAACUUCAAACCACAUCAGAGCUCAGUGAAAACGAAAAAUGGCUUCCUUUUCUUUCUCCAUCAAUGGAACCCUAAGUUUUUACAGGCAAGGGGAGUUCGAUCAUCAACUCCUAAUUCAUGGCCAUAGACGUAGAUUGGAAUCCUGUAUUAAGAUUCUUGAGCCACAAACCCUAAUCCAUAGCUAUAGAAAUAGACUGAAGUUUUUAUAUCUAGAAACUUCAAUUCGUGGUUCUGGAUAUAAAAUGAGCCAUCGGACUAGGGUUUCAGGAGUUAAGGCUAGCUUGAUUAUGGACCCGGAUGAUUAUGAAGUGGGGAGGUUCAUUGGAAGCUAUGGAUACAUGAAUGUUACCAGUUAUUCACCUCCUAAAUUUGGAGGUCUUUCUAGUGAUGGGAAAUUAGAGGAUCCGGAUCUUGAGUUUUCUCAGGAUAGCAUCGAGCGAUUGAGGCUUCAAGAUGUUGGAGAAGGCCCUGUGAAGAUCAGGCUUUAUGAUGGCAGAAUAACUCGAGGUCCUAAGAAGGGAACUCGGAUUAUCUUUAAGGUUUAUCCUGGACAACGGAUUGGUGGGCAAGAAGCAGAUCUGAUGGCUGCAAACGAGCUAGAUGCUCAUGCAUUUCUUCAAGAUGCUUCAGAAGAUAUCUGCCAGAAUAUUCAGAUACUCUUGGGUGGUUUUGAGACGAAAACUGGGGAGCAGUGGCUGGCCUUUCGUAAUGAUGGUAAUUUUAGUGCAGCAGAUUAUGGGAAUAUCACAAGUGAAGCCCUAUCAAGAAAUCGUUCUCAGGGUGAGGCGAAGUUUUGGAAUCCUUUUGAUGUGGAUAUAACUAUCAAACGCAGGCGAAUUUUUGUUAUUAAGAUUCUUCGAGGAGCUAUAAAUGGUCUUUCUUACAUGCAUGACCAUGAUAGAUUGCAUCAGAGUAUUGGACCUGCUUCUAUUGUUCUCAACACAAUAGUGGAGAAAGAUGUAGCUUACCUUGUGCCUCGGAUUCGUGAUUUGGCUUUCUCUGUUGACAUAAGGUAUUCAUCUUUGGAAUCAGAUCCACGACCACUCUCAGAGGCAUUAUGGCGUAGGGCAUUAGCUGCUGGUGCUUUUUCUUCAUUUGAGAAAAGAGCCUUCGGAAUUGCAGAUGAUAUAUAUGAAGCAGGCUUGCUUGUUGCAUACUUGGCCUUUGUUCCAUUUUGUGAAGCCGGCACUAUUGAUGGCCCGUCUUUACAAAGGCUUUUUGAGGGCACAUUCCAGCUUAACCUAGAAGCUGCAAGAGAGUACUGUCAAGCGGAUGACCGGAUGUCAGAAGCUGUUAAAUUUUUGGAUCUUGGUGGUGGUGCUGGUUGGGAAUUACUACAGGCUAUGCUGAAUCCUGAUUAUCGCCUCCGACCGAUGGCAAAAUCGGUUCUGCAGCAUAGAUUUAUGACUGGCACCCUUCUCUGAAGCAUCUUUUGGUGGGUCUCAGAGGGCUAGUUUGCAGAAGCGAUUCAAGUUCUUCAAAUAGAGCAACGGAGAAAUGGCAAGGCAGCUCUGUUCCCAUUUGAGUAUUGCACUUUAUUUGUUCACACUGUAAUCAAAUCAGUAAAUAGCAAUGUACAGCGAUUGAUCAAGUCCACUCGGACUUGGCCAAGUUACUCGGCCUCA